AUGAGUACAGCGUGGCCCAGGACAACCUCCCGAUCAAGACUUCAGCGAUCUGCGCUCUCAGCAAGGAAGGCAUCCGCUGCCCUGCCGCCGUUGGCUCGUUGGAAAAUUGACGACAGUGGCCGUAUUGUCAACUUUGACGCGAAAGUACUUCGGAAGGACAUACUUCAGCGACUUAAGGAUGGUCGCCUUUACACUCUGCAGGAGUGUCGUGCGUUCCUCCUUGAGCUCACUCGCGUGGCAGCAGCCUGGCAGGAGGAGGAGAUUCCGCAGUUGAUGUACCUUGUGGAUAUGCACGAAAAGCUGGUACCUGGUGCGCCAAUCUCUUUUCAGUGGUCCACAAGCAACGCGGAGCUUUUGCCGCUGGCGAACAUGGCAGGUGUGAAGGGCACUCUGCCAAUGUUAACAAAAGUUGUGGAGGAGAUGAACCGCGCUGUCGCGCGGAUGAUUGAUCGUUUGUGGGAGUCUCGCAGAGAACGUCUGCUUUUUGCUGCCCGCCUACUGCAAGAUAUCGAGCCGUUGUUGCGGGGAGUGGAUGAUGGAGCCCUGUUGGCGUAG